AUGUCUGUGGAAAGCAUCACGACGAUCUCGCCGACUACCAACGAGCCCAUCUUGACUCGCAGUGGCCUCUCGCAAUCUGAUCUGGAAGAACUUCCCAAUGUGGCUCUCGAGAGCUUCCAGAGCUGGCGACAGACUUCAUUGACGGAUCGCCAGAUCAUAGUCAAGAAGGCUUUGAAGUUGCUGGAGAAGAAGAAGGAUGAGCUGGCCGAGGAGAUCACCGUGCAGAUGGGUCGUCCCAUUGCAUACACUGGCGUAGAAGUCACCACAGCUCUCAAACGUGCAGACUAUCUUAUCAAGAUCAGCGAGGACACGUUGAAGGAUACCGAUGGCGAGCCUGAGAAGGGGUUCAAGCGAUUCAUUCGCAAGGUCCCUGUCGGCCCUGUUCUGGUCAUUUUCGCAUGGAAUUACCCCUACUUGAUCCUGGUCAACUCGUUGAUUCCAGCUCUGCUUGCGGGAAACACGGUCAUCAUGAAGCCCUCGCCACAGACACCUACGAUCGCCGAGCAGGUUGUAAAGGCAUUCAGUGUGGCUGGCCUCCCAUCUGGUGUCCUUCAAUACUUCCACUGCGGCUCGCCGAUAAUGAUGGAGUCUCUCGUACGAAACCCCAAGAUUGCUCUCAUCUGCUUCACCGGCUCCGUUGCCGGCGGACUGUCAGUCCAAAGAGCAGCUUCUGACCGAAUCGUCAAUGUUGGACUGGAGCUUGGUGGCAAGGACCCUGCAUAUGUCAGGGGAGACGUAGACCUCGACUGGGCAGCUGCCGAGAUCGUAGACGGAUCCAUCUUCAACUCUGGCCAGAGCUGUUGCGCCCUUGAACGGAUAUACGUGGACGAGAAGAUCUACGACUCGUUCAUUGAGGCUGUCCAGAAGGUCUUGAAGGGGUACAAGGUUGGUGACCCUCUAGAUAAGGAAACCCAGAUCGGACCAGUUGUCUCGAAGCGAUCCAAGGAGACCAUCGAGGCUCACAUCAAGGAUGCGCUCGAGAAAGGCGCAAAGGACAAGACGCCAGAGAACUCGACCUUCGACAACCUCCCGACCAAGGGUAACUUUGUCAAGCCUACUCUUCUUGUUGAUGUCAACCACAGCAUGACGGUCAUGACGGAGGAGACCUUUGGGCCGGUGAUUUCCGUCAUGAAGGUAGCCAACGAUGAGGAGGCGAUCAAGUUGAUGAACGACAGCGAGUUUGGUCUCACUGCCAGUAUAUGGACCAAGGACACAGACAAAGGCUACGAACUCGCAGAGCAAGUCGAAGCGGGAACCAUCUUUGUCAAUCGCGCCGACUUCCCCAGCCCAGAUCUCGCGUGGACGGGUUGGAAGAACUCGGGCAAAGGCGUUACUCUGAGCAAGUUUGGGUUUGACCAGUUCUCGAAGCUGAAGAGCUACCACCUGAAGGACUAUCCGAAGUAG